AUGGACCAAAUUGACCGAACGUGCCAUGGCCAGGCGCGCGAGCUCUACACGCGGGUCAUUCACGAGAUCUGCGGCGAAGGCUUCGCGAACGACCUGCUCCCAGGCCGCGACGCUUCCUUCUACGUGGCGCUUCAGGAGGCAUGGAUGGCCAAGCUCGCCGAGCACAUGGCUUUGCCAGCGCUACACGUCGAUGAACCUGCGACAGCUCUUGACGAGCCUGGUGCAACAAACGCAGUUGAAGAAGAGGCAAAGGAAGCACCUGUGCAAGACGCCGAAGAAGCGUGCGCGCUCGAGCCGGUCGCUGCCACCACGGACGAGCCAAUCGAAGCGCCUGCCGUGAUCCCAAACGAGGCGCCGGCUGAAGCGGCUGCAGUGGUCCCAGACGAAUCGCCCGCGGAUGAGCCCAUGGACGCAUCGGCCAACGAGCCUUCACAGGCACCCGUCGACGCAUCGCCCGAGCCACCUGUCGGGCAGCCUGUUGAGGGUCCCGAAGCGGCUCCAAUGCAGGCAACGGCGUGCGACGUGUCGAGCGAAUCCGACGACUCUGACGUACCGGCCUCACGCCCUCCAUCGCCUGUAGUCCCGCAUCGGUUGCCCAUCAUGCGGCCGCCUGUCAACCUCUUCAACAUUGGUCGUCCUGCCGCGUACAUGAGAAACCCGCUCGCAGACAAGCCGCCAGUGCCAAUCAUCCUGCCGACACCUCCACGCCGCAAGGAGAAAACUGUGAAAGAGCCAGCAAAGAAGAGGCGUCGCGCGACCAAAAUGCCGAAAGCGACGACAGAAGCAAGCGGUCCGAGUGCUGCACCCGAAACCACCGAUCCCGACGUCGAGCCAGUGACGCCAGCCACCGACGCGACGCCAGCCACCGAGCGCCCAUCUGAUGCUCCAUCCACUAGUGACUCUGCGCCGUCCGCUUCCGACACCACCCACGCGUUCGCGGCGUCCGGCGCGGAGUUGGUACCUCUGGCCCCCAUCAACUUUGCAUGCGGCACGUGGCUUGGGAUUUACACGUCGAUGGCCCAACGAGGCCGGCGUACAGAAGGCAUCUACCAACUCGUGCUCAAGGCGACGCUCCUUCGACUAUACGUGCAGGUGACACCGCGCUUGCUAGUCCAGCACGCGUAUAUUCGCGACGGCACCGAUGUUGUCCGCGUCGUCGUCGAACGUCAGAGUGACGACAACCUCGUCAUUCAACUGCCGACGGGGGCGACCGAAACACUUGCAUAUGGACGCGUGUGCAUCGCGGUCGACUACUUUUCGCCGCGCGGCGAGGCCAAACUGCAAUUGCCGCAAUAA